AUACCCCUGAAGACUCUGAAGCAGCCCGAGCAACAAACCAUGGGAAAACGACAUCUCAGAAGAUCGACAGAAAGUCCACCUGCUGUACAUGCCAACAAGGGCCACCCGGCCCUCCUGGUCCGCCUGGUGAAGAUGCCAAGGACGGCAUGGAUGGCCCACCAGGCCGAAACGGUGCACCGGGAAGAAAUGGUAUGGUUCUGCCUGCUCUAGAUGCACCUCCAGAGCCAUGUGUCAUAUGUCCCGUGGGUCAGCCCGGGCCACCCGGGCCUAUGGGACCUAAAGGACCGCCCGGACCGCGAGGAGCUCCUGGGCUACCCGGCAGUAACGGCAUGAAAGGUGAGCCUGGCAUAAUCGGUCCUCAUGGUCCAACUGGACGUCCAGGGAGACCAGGACCAAAAGGUCCCAGAGGCGAGCCUGGCAAACUAAUCACGGUAGCUGGUCCGAUUGGCCCACCAGGGCUCCCUGGAAAAAUUGGAAUUGUUGGUCCGAAAGGAGAAAAAGGCGCUGCUGGCCAGCCAGGGGCUAGAGGACCGCCAGGACUCUCCGGAGAGAGAGGUCUCCCUGGUCCGCGUGGACAACCAGGUCCCCCUGGUCGGCAGGGUCCCGCUGGACAGAACGGCGACAAUGGUUCUUGCACGCACUGUCCAGUGCCACGACUUCCACCAGGAUUCU